CUAGCUUUUAGGCAAAAACGUGUUGUUCUACUGCGCAUGCGCAGCUGUCAAUCGGACAAGAUGGCGACGAGCAAUGGUGGUGGGAUGGAAGUGGAUGGGGCAGCCAGCCCCAGUGUUAUGGCCUCUGGGGUCACUGGGAGUGUCUCUGUUGCCCUGCAUCCUCUUGUCAUUCUUAACAUCUCAGACCACUGGAUUCGCAUCCGCUCCCAGGAGGGACGACCCAUGCAGGUAAUUGGUGCACUGAUCGGGAAGCAGGAGGGCAGAAACAUUGAGGUGAUGAACUCCUUUGAGCUGCUGCACCAACUGGUCGAUGACCGAGCAAUCAUUGACAAGGAGUACUACUACACCAAGGAGGAGCAGUUUAAACAGGUCUUCAAAGACAUGGAAUUUCUCGGCUGGUAUACCACGGGUGGUCCAUGCGACCAGUCAGACAUCCACAUUCACAAGCAGGUGUGUGAAAUCAUUGAGAGUCCUCUCUUCCUCAAGCUCAACCCAAUGACAAAACACACAGAUCUUCCUGUCAGUGUCUAUGAGUCUGUCAUUGACAUCAUCAACGGAGAGGCAACAAUGUUAUUUGCUGAGCUGGGGUACACUCUGGCUACAGAAGAGGCUGAGCGAAUCGGGGUGGACCAUGUGGCUCGCAUGACUGCAACGGGCACCGGGGAGAACUCUACAGUGGCCGAACAUCUCAUAGCUCAGCAUAGUGCAAUUAAGAUGCUACACAGCCGUGUGAAAGUCAUCCUUGAAUACGUCAAAGCAGUGGAAGCAGGCGAGGUGCCAUUCAACCACGAGAUCCUCAGAGAAGCCAAUGCCCUGUGCCAUAGACUGCCUGUUCUUAGCACCAUCAAAUUCAAGACUGACUUCUACGAUCAAUGCAAUGAUGUGGGACUCAUGGCUUACCUAGGUACCAUUACCAAGACCUGCAACAGCAUGAACCAGUUCAUCAAUAAAUUCAACGUCUUGUACGAUAGACAGGGGAUCGGCCGGAGAAUGAGAGGACUGUUCUUUUGAGCGGCACUGCGAGAGAAUGAGAUGGAUCGAAAGAAGGUCACAAACACUGCAAAUUAUUUGCUUGUCUGUAUUUUAUGUUAAGAGUAACACUCUUGAUUCAUGUGCACACACAUACAAGGGAACAUUCCGUUCUCUCCAAACCUGCUUACUGUUUUCAAAGAUAGCACAAGCUAGAAGUGUCUCAAAGGACACUUGUCCAUAUCGUAAAACCCAACAAAAAAACAGGAAGUAAACCAUGUACAAAAUUGCUCGCAUUCAUACUCACCACUUGUUAAACAUUUGUGAGUAUGCACAUUAACAAAUCCAUGUAUAUGAACAGAAAUUACAUUUUCCUCUUUUUGCUUUGUUUUGUUGUUCCAUGUUUCUGUAAGUAAUAAAUAAUCUGCUGAUUUUU